UCCACGACUGGCACCUUUAAAGGCUCAGCGAUAUCGUCAGACACGCAGAGGGAUCGAGGUUGCAAGCAAGCACAUUUGGCGAGUGGAGAGUGAGCGAAGAAAUGAAGGCUAUAGUUGUGUGGCUGUUUGCAGCCGCUGUACCUGCAGCGUUUACCGAGGGAAGCUUCCUGAAAGAGGGUGUCAAGCCAUGUCAUGACUUCUAUGAAGCAGUCUGCGAGAACUGGAUUAAAAACGGAUCCUUUACUGGCGAACCAUAUGACAAUGCACAAGUGUCGUUCUGGAAAGAAGUCGAAGAACUUCUGACCAAUGCGACCUCUGAUAGAGACACCAAGUUGAACAAUAUGAAGUUUGCAUAUCAAAAAUGCACAACACAAGGACGAGAAUCGGGUACUGAUGUUACUAAUAAGUUGCACAGUCUAUUAUGGAAACUUGGUAUCCCUCAAUGGCCAAUGGAUGAACGUUCGAACGAGGGUCUUGGGUGGAUGGACCUUUUUGCCAAUAUUUCCAUCGCACUGGACUUGAGUGUGCUGUUUGACAUUGCCGUGAAACCAGAUGAAAUAGAUACUUCUUCAUAUGCCAUAAAGAUAAAAAUGCCUAACCUGGGUAUAGAUAAGAAUAUCUUCUUGGAUCCGUCAUCGGAACGCAAAACGGCAGCGCUAGGUGCGUACAAAGAAUACAUCAACGGGUCCAUUCGUUCCAUAACAUCAAGACGCACUACUGGCAGCAAGACAUCACUGCCCGACAUCAGUGAAAACAUCGUGCAGUUUGAAACAGAAUUGGCACAGAUAUCUGACCCUUUUUGGUACGACGGCCCAUCUGUCGAAGAUAUGAACUUCACCAUCGAUUACACAAAUUUUGAUUACGACGACGACAACGACAGCAGCAUCGUCCUCCAACCGGAGGUGCCCGACACUAUGGCAGAUGUUCCUGAUGUGGAUAUAACCAAGCCGAGCACGCUCACGUCAAAAACCGUUGCUAAUUUGAGUGGUUUGGUGCCAGGGAUAGAAUGGACAGCCCUGCUGUCGAAGUUGUUUUACGGAGCAGGUAAGGAGGUUAAAGAAGACGACAAAGUCGUUCUUGAUGACAAGACGUACUACAGUAAACUCGGGAAACUAAUCAACGACACAAAACGGAGCACGCUGACCACAUAUUUCGGUUGGCGGGUUAUCCAGACGAUGGGUCCCCUGAUUCACUCGGGGUUGCGUGAUGCAAGACGGAAUUUUGAGAACGCUAUGAACCAAAGCAAAACAUACAAAUCACAACGAGAGGUGUGUCUUGAGGAAUUUGCCGGCGAAUACGGAACAGCAAUGGAAUUUAUUGGACACCUGUAUGCCAAGAAACACCUCUCAAAAGAAGCCAAAGCUAAUGUGACAGUGAUAGUGGAAAAUAUUAGAAACACCUAUAAAAGCAUCCUUGAAAAGACCUCCUGGUUGAGCAACUCUACACGAAAAAAUGAACUCUACAAGUUGUCCAUGAUGGUGGCGAAGAUGGGUUAUGCUGACCAAUUAAUGAACCAUACCUACAUAGAAGAAACAUACAAAUGGAUGGAAGGCAUCGAAAAGAAUAUGGCACUUCUGGAUAUACUAGAGAUGUUCAGAGCCAAGAAGCGGCUCAAUGAGCUAAAGAACCUGCACGAACACUACAACAGGAGCCGUGACGUGGGCCUUGUUAGCCCAACUUCGGUGGACCCGUAUUAUUCUCCUCAGGACAACACUUUUGUGUUUCCUUCUGCAACCCUUCAAAAACCCUUCUUUAAUGGCGAACUUCCCAGUGAAGCGCUCACUGGACUGCUUGGAUGGAGCGUAGCACGAGUCAUGACGUAUGGUUUAGACCGAAAUGGCGGCUGGUUUAGAGGAGACGGUGCUUUGCCUGAACACAAUUACUGGUCAAAGCACUCGAGAGAAGAAGAGGAAAAAAGGAGAAGCUGCUUCAAGUCGCUGUACAAUAACCAUUCUGUGGAAGGCUCUGAGAACGUUCGGCAAAUUACUCACAUAAGAGACGUGGGAGACAAUGCUGGACUUCAGGUUGCUUUCAAGUCCCUAGGCGCAGGUGGUGACUGUUACGUGGAGGGGAUGAACCACACCCGCAACCAGCUCUUCUUCAUAUACGCAGGGCUCGGCAUGUGCUUGAGUACGCGUGAAGUUUUUCUAAGGAGACCGGAAGACGCCAAGCACUACAGAUCAGCAAAGCAACGAGUUAACGUCCCGUUUGGAAACAUGCGGGAAUUCGCAAAGGCUUUCAACUGUAAUAAUACCGACUACAUGUCGUUCAAGGACAGGUGCUCAUUCUGGUGAACGCUCAAGGACCAGGGUGAAGGCAACGGUUGAUCGUAUUGCCCGUUCACGAGACGUUUCAGAUGUACUGGUCGAAUGACGAUGCACUGACUGCAACAGUAAUCAGCACAUCAAACAACUCAAUAAAAAUAUGCAUUGGAA